UCUCAGGGUUUCUUCUCCACUGUGAAUCUCCGACAAUGGCGAUGGCUAUGGCGGUUGUUUCUUUCCCAUCUCUACUCAACAAGUCAACCUUAUCCUCUUCACUCUUCACUCCCACUUUCCUCCCGGCGAAAUCAUCUUCUCUUCUCAUCAAAUCAUCACCCAAAACCAGAUUCGUGGUUUCAUCAUCCAUGGAAGCUGGAAUCGGAGUAAUGGGGUCAAAACUCGGAAUGAUGAGUUUCUUCGAAGAAGACGGCACAGUAGUUCCAGUAACAGUCGUCGGAUUCCGCGAAGGUAACAUCGUAACCCAAAUCAAAACCCUAGCCACCGACGGUUACGACGCGGUUCAAAUCGGUUACCGUCGAGUACGCGACAAAAAGCUAACUAAACCGGAAACCGGUCAUCUCCAAAAAGCCGGUACAAUCCCAAUGAGACAUCUCCAAGAGUUCAGAUUAACAAACAUCGAAGGAUUCGAACCAAACCAGAAACUCGUGUUCGAUGAGAUAUUCAAAGAAGGUGAUCUCGUUGAUGUAGCUGGAACUACGAUUGGUAAAGGGUUUCAAGGAGGAAUCAAAAGACAUCAUUUCAAGAGAGGUCAGAUGACUCAUGGUUCCAAGAGUCAUCGAGCUUUGGGUUCGAUUGGUGCUGGUACUACUCCGGGAAGAGUUUACAAAGGGAAGAAGAUGCCUGGAAGAAUGGGAGGGACGAGAACCAAGAUUAGGAAGCUUAAGAUUGUUAAAGUUGAUAAGGAGCUUAAUGUUGUUAUGAUCAAAGGUGCUUUGCCUGGUAAGCCUGGGAAUCUUCUUCGUAUUACUCCGGCUAAAAUCGUCGGAGUUAACAUUCCCAAGAACUAGUAGAAAAAGACUUUGUUUUGUUUUGUAUGUUGACUUGUUUAUCUAUUCCUAAAAAAUUUGUAUCGAAUUG